GGGAAGGAUCCGUCGAUUCCAAGCAAUUUGGUCUGCGUAUACUUUAUCGACGUUUCGAAUCCAAAUCAAUCUUUCAGUUUCUCGCGCUUUUUCUUUCACUCUGUUCGGAAAGCCAUGGACGCGUUCUCAUCCUUCUUCGGUUCUCAAUCGUCUUCACGAAAUCGCUGGGGCUACGAUUCGCUAAAGAGUUUUGGUCAGAUCUCCCCGAUCGUCCAGGCUCACCUCAAACAGGUCUACCUGUCUUUAUGCUGUGCUUUGAUUGCUUCGGCUGCGGGGGCUUACCUGCAUUUUCUCUGGAACAUUGGUGGCCUUCUUACCACGUUUGCAUGCAUGGGAAGCAUGAUUUGGCUACUCUCCACCCCUCAUCAUCAAGAGAAAAAAAGGGUUGCUCUGUUGAUGGCGGCUGCUCUCUUCGAGGGGGCUUCAGUCGGUCCUCUAAUUGAUUUAGCGAUUGAGAUUGACCUAAGUAUUUUGGUUAGCGCCUUUGUGGGGACGGCAGUGGCCUUCGGCUGUUUCUCCUUAGCAGCCAUGUUGGCACGGCGUAGAGAGUAUCUAUACCUUGGUGGUUUGCUUUCUUCUGGCCUCAGCAUUCUGUUGUGGCUGCACUUUGCUUCUGCAAUCUUUGGAGGUACUGCAGCCAUCUUCAAGUUUGAGCUGUAUUUUGGGCUGCUGGUGUUUGUAGGCUUCAUAGUUGUGGACACUCAGGAUAUAAUUGAGAAAGCACAUCGUGGUGACUUGGACUAUGUGAAUCAUGCACUACUACUUUUCACUGAUUUUGUUGCCGUCUUUGUCCGAAUUCUCACUAUUAUGCUGAAGAAUUCCGUUGAUAAGAGUGAGAAGAAGAAGAAAAGGAGGGAUUGAAUAUUUUAGCAGUAGCUUGGUUACCGGUCUUCUUGAAAGAUGCUGAGAAUACCCUGAACAUGUAUUUACUGGUUGGUUGUGGUGUAAUUAGGGUGUGUUUUGAGUGUUUUGUUUAAGCUUUCUGCCAAUGCUUGUUCUAAGUUAGACCAUUGUAUAUUGACCGACCAUACAAGUCUUGAACAUGUAUGUUGAAUUUAAAUUUGACCCGACUUUUCUGCUUUCUAUCAGCUGCUAGUCUGUUAAUUGCCGGUCACAGUUGAAUAGCAAUUUUUUAAUAAUAGUGGCUGGCUCUUUGGAACUUAA